AGUAGCCAUUAUUGCUUGAAUUCAAUAAUGGAAAUCCCUGGUCUUGCUAAACCGGAGGCACAAACCAGUCUUCCCUGAAUAGUAUACAGUAUUUUCUAAAAGUAAGGUCUUCAGAAAAGGAAAAGAAAUCAUACGCCAUUGGAUCCUUCCAUUUUCCCCGUCUAAGAUCCUUCUCGUGAAGUUGAUUCUUCUCUUCCGAAUCUGAGAUGCUUCGAUUUUCCCCCUCUACUUUACCCUGCUGCGGGUAUCUAUUCCUUCUGGUGAUCUACUCGGCGGCGGCGUCCGAGUGGAAAACAUGCUCCGGGAUAGUCCCGAUGAGGCACCGGAGCAACUGGAUAUCGAUAGCAGACUUCGGAGGGGUCGGAGACGACAAGACACUUAACACAAAUGCAUUUGUGGAAGCAAUUUAUCGAAUCAAACAUUUGAAUAGAACCGGCGGCACUCUUCUUUACAUUCCGGCCGGCGUUUAUCUGACCGGACCUUUCAAUCUCACAAGCCACAUGACUCUGUUCUUGGCUAAAGAUGCUGUCGUUAAAGCUUCCCAGGAUUCAGGAAAUUGGCCUUUAAUUCCUCCUUUGCCUUCGUAUGGAAGGGGAAGAGAGCGACCCGGGGGAAGAUAUAUGAGCUUUAUUCAUGGAUAUGGGCUUCAAGAUGUAAUUAUCACUGGUGAAAAUGGGACAAUUGAUGGCCAUGGAGAUGUCUGGUGGGACAUGUGGAGACAAAGGACUCUGCAGUUCACUAGACCAAAUCUUAUUGAAUUCAUGAACUCUAGAUCCAUAAUCAUUUCCAAUGUAAUACUCAAGAAUUCCCCCUUUUGGAAUAUCCACCCGGUGUAUUGCAGCAACUUUGUUGUUCGACAUGUCACCAUAUUGGCUCCAUCCGAUUCUCCUAAUACCGAUGGAAUUGAUCCUGAUUCAAGUUCUCAUGUCUGCAUAGAGGACUCCUAUAUAUCCACAGGGGACGACAUGGUGGCAGUAAAGAGUGGGUGGGAUGAGUAUGGCAUUGCUUUCGGUCGUCCUAGCCAUGACAUCACCAUACGCAGGGUGACUGGAUCUUCCCCUUUUGCUGGAAUUGCAGUGGGAAGUGAGACCUCUGGGGGCAUAUCAGACAUAUUGGCUGAACAUAUAAACCUUUCCAACAUGGGUUUUGGCAUCCACAUAAAAACUAACAUCGGUCGCGGAGGGUUCAUAAGAAACAUUACUGUCUCUAAUGUCUACAUGCAAAACGCACGAACCGGGAUAAAAAUCGCUGGUGAUGUAGGUGACCACCCAGAUGACUGGUUCAACCCGAAUGCUCUCCCUGUGGUUCAGGACAUCAAAAUUAAGAACGUAUGGGGUGAACGGGUCCUGCAGCCCGGUUUAGUACAUGGCAUACAAAAAUCUCCUUUCACUGACAUCUGUCUAUGCAACAUCAACCUUAACGGCGCCAGAUCAUCGCGCAACCCUCCAUGGAAAUGCUCCGAUGCCAGUGGUUCUGCCACUGAGGUAAGCCCCUCACCCUGCACUGAACUCGCCGCGGACUAUCAAUCUUGCGCAUGCUCUUCGGCCUUCUAAAUUACUAACUCCAUACCAUGUCACGUAUUCUUUUCUUUCUUUCUUUUUUUCGUUCCCUUUUUUACCAUUCAAUUGUCUGAAAAAAAAGGUUUGUUGUUG